CUUUGUCUACGUUUCACUACGUCUCAGUGCUGUGUCAGCAGAACGCCCACUACCUCAAGGUCCUGUCCUGUAAGAACGAUGAAGUGCUCAAGCAAAAUCUGAUACGACGUGUUACGAAAGUUGAGACCAGACGACUGCAUCACUGUUUCUCCGCCCAUAAGAGUUAAAAUUGAAGAAAGCUGGCAAUAAAAGCUUUGCCAGAGCUUUGGGUUUAGAGUCGAGGAGCCCUGCUCUUGGAGAAUGGCUGACCAAACCAAGAAAACACAACGAACCGCGGAUGAGGCCAACGGACACGCUCAGACGAUAUCUGAAGACAGCAUAGAGUACAAACUCCUUCAAGGGUACACACAGAGGAAAAAUCCCAAGACACCUGUGCCAUCAGACAAACAGAAAAAGAAGAGAUUUAAGUUUCAAAAGUUUUUGAGGUGCAUUCAGCCAGCAAAGGAAGAUGAUGGACCCACAAUUGAAAACAAUGGACGGCGGCCAGCUUUAGAUACAUCCGGCCCAGAACAGGAAGUGGACGACAUAGUCAACAGGCUGACUGAGAUCGCAGAUUCUGUGCAUUUGCUUGGCAGUGAGAUAGAAACGGAUAGUAAUGAUGAUAUUGAGAGAAUAGUGGAAAUCCUUAGAGAGCAGGGAGACAAACUCAACGAGGAGAUUGAGAAGAACCACAUACUUAUGGAAAUGCUGCAGAGCACUCUGACGUAUAAUUACUUUAAGAAAAUAACCACGGCCUAUUUAAGGAGACUGAGCCCAGAAGAGCUCCCACCUAAAAGACAACCAAAGCAAGCCCGGAUAGCUCUUGUCUGUGAAGUCACCCGCCGUCUGAAAAUCAUGGACCGCCACCCAAUGAACCGAGUGCUGGGCUUUGGGGCCAAAUACCUACAGGAAUUUUACAGCCAAUGGGCCAAAGCACAAGGGGGCUAUGGCAAAGUUUUUAGCACAGAUGACGAUGAUGAAGAGGAGGUCCAGUGAGCCCGGAUGAAUUUGCUGGAUGGAUAAGUUCCAGAAUGAAUUAGUCAGUUAUCCUCAGGGACCAAAUCAAAUAUCACAAGCGAAAAUGUUUACAAGUGUUUUUUUAAGAGGUGGUGCUACACAAAAUGAUACAGCUUGUAAUCGAUUAAAAGGUUUUUUUUUUUUUUUUACAAUAGUGCAAGAAAAAAAUAGUGCAAUAGUGUGAAAGUGUGUUCGUGGUUGUCAAUAAUGUGUGAAGAAGGCAAUACUUAAAAUUGAUAAUGUUUGACUUGUUCAAAAAAUUAGAUUUAUUUAUAUACCUAUUUGUAUUUGGGUGUUUUGUUUUUUUUUGUCUUGCUCAGGGUUUCUAUUCUAAUGCUAUACUAACUUGAAAUCAGACAAGUAUACCAAAAAAUUAAUCAAUGUAAAUGUAAAACUUGAUUCACGUAUUUUAUAAAGCAAUUAAAUUAUUA